GUUCAGUGUCUCCGGCCAGUUACACAGGAAGACAUUAGAAUCAAAUUAGGUAUACGACUGGUUGGAGAGAUAAGCUAUGGGAAGGAGAAAAGCGGAGAUCAAACGAAUUGAGAACAAAAGCAGUCGACAGGUCACUUUUUGUAAGCGACGCAACGGUCUCAUGAAGAAAGCUCGCCAGCUCUCAGUUCUCUGUGAAUCAUCCGUCGCUCUUCUCAUAGUUUCCUCCACCGGGAAGCUCUAUAGCUCCUCCUCCGGGGAUAGCAUGGCCAAGAUCCUCAAACGUUAUGAAAUACAACAUGCUGAUGAACUUAAAACGGUGGAUCUAGCAGAAAAAGGUCGGAGUUAUCUUUCACAUGAGGAGUUACUAGAAAUAGUCCAAUGCAAGCUUGAAGAAGCGAAAAGUGAUAACAUAAGUGUAGAAUCACUAAUUUCCCUGGAAGAGCAAUUCAAGAGUGCUCAGUCUAUAACUAGAGCUGGGAAGAACAUGCUUUGGACACUGCUUGUCUUUGGAUCAUGUUUCCAGUUUGACAAAUUCCUUAAUCUCAUGAUGGAACUUGUGAAGACCCUUCAAGAAAAGGAGAAGCUGUUGAGAGAAGAGAACAAGGUUUUGGCCAGCCAGCUUACAAAGAUGGAGAAGAACAGGUUUCUGGAGUGACAACCACCAUCAAUCAACGUACGCCUGAUUUUUCACCAUCCUGUUUCAGAAAUAAAAAUGUUAAAUAUUCAGAUUUGUAAAUCACAAGGAAGCUAUACAUAUCUAAAAAUCAUCUUCUUCCCCUGCUACGUUAUCCAAGGGAACGAUUUUUGUUGUUACCUUCAAAGGGAGGGUCACAGUUUGAUUUGUGUUUUCUGUGCUUGUCUGAAAGUAAGAAUGAAAUAUUGGAUUUCUUCGGCGUAAAGAACCUUACUGG